CAGGUUGCCCCUUUCUCUUUUCCUCAUUUAUGCAAUCUUUUUCUUCUCCUACUGACCCGAGCAGCCAACUCUUUUCUCUAAACCCUCUCUCCUUCACUCGGUACCUGGCGCCGUAGCCUUUCCGGCAACGGUUCCCUCUUUCUUUCCCUUUCUUUUUUUUUUUCUUCUCUUCCCCUUCCUUCUGCCGCCAGUUUCAUCUGUUUCUAAAAGGGCCUAGCUACCGUUCUUCUCGGAGUGCACUUUAAAAACUGUAUAAUACCUUGAAAUCUAUCCUAUCCGUAUCACCUCUCUCUCUCUCUCCAAAAAAAACGUAUUUUUCUUCCUCUUUGUCUAAUAAUCCAUUCAAUCAGCCUUAUUCUUUAUAAAUCUAGAAACGGAACUAGGGCAAAGCCAAGAACAAGAACAGAACGAGAUGAUUAUUCCAGUUCGCUGCUUCACAUGUGGGAAGGUUAUUGGUAACAAAUGGGAUACUUACCUUGAUCUUCUCCAGGCUGACUACACUGAAGGAGAUGCUCUUGAUGCUUUGGGCUUGGUUCGAUAUUGCUGUAGGCGAAUGCUUAUGACUCAUGUUGACCUCAUUGAGAAGCUUCUGAACUAUAACACUUUGGAGAAGUCCGAGACCAGUUGAGGAAACAUCUAGAAGUUAGUCCUGCAUGCUCUAUUGCAGUUCUGAGUGCCUAUGUGAUUCUAAGAUUUUGUGUAAUGUGGAACGUAGUCAGAAUCCAAACAAUGAAAGACUUCAAUAGUAGUCAACUUGUACUUUGGUUCUAUGAUGGCUGAUUUGUACGUUUGAACCUACCUGGUAAUUUUAAAUAUUAAAUUAUUGGAACAUUGUGCCUGUUGUUCAGAACUUUGCUAUUUCCUUGGAUAAGUAUUUAGUCAAAGAAUAUGAUUGAGAGA